AUGACUUCCAAGUACAGCGCCUGGCACACGUGCGCCGCCAUUUCGUCUGCGCAGCCCAGCUCCGGCGUCAGCGCUGAAAAGACCAUCGGUACCAUUGGCGCCGACGCUGGGACCGACCCAUCGCACGCCGUAAUCACGAAGCUUGCCCAACUCUGGCCUCCGAAUAGUACCAUUACCUACUCGUUCAUCGGCGGAACCGUCAACCAGCGUAACAAAGUUAACAAAGUCAUUACUGAAUGGCUCUCGUACGCAAAUGUCGUCUUCCAGCUCGUUGAUGUGGGGAAGGGAACGAUUCGUAUUUCUUUCGAUCCUACGCUGGGUUCUUGGAGCUAUGUCGGUACCGUCAACCAAAGCAUCGCUGCCCCCGCUGCGACCAUGAACUUGGGCUGGGUUACCGACGAUACCACUGUCAAUCAGAAUGAUCACGGCGUCAUCUUGCACGAGUGGGGACACGUCCUUGGAUGUAUGCACGAACAUCAAAGCCCGGCGCGCUCCGACGCGAUUACUCUGGACACCGACGCAGUUUACGCGUACUACGGGGCCACGCAAGGCUGGGAUAAGGCGACGAUCAAGGCCCAAAUCAUCGACGUGUACAACAGCGCGGAUGUGUCCAACUAUAGCGCGCUCGAUACCACCUCUAUCAUGAUGUACUUCAUGCCGGCCAAGAUGAACCUUCAGGGCCGUGAUAUUCCUCCAAACUAUUACCUCUCAGCGCUCGACAUGGCCUACAUGGUGGUGAAUUACCCGCGUUCCGUCCCCAACAGCCUAGCCCCGGCGUGGACUUUGGAGCAUGCGCUCGAAGUCUCUGGCGUUGACGCAAGCACUACCAAGGACAUUAUUGCUGCUAACCAGGGGCACGACAUCGACACUGUUCGCAAGCUGUUUACCGCGUUCCAAAUCGCUGCGCGCGCAAGCGCGGCGUCCGCUAGCGCUCCAGAUUCUGGCAAGCCUGCAGAGACGCCGACGACUCCUGCUGAUAGCACGAAGCCUUUAGGUACCGCUUUUUUUCUUGAGUCAUCCGUCGUUGCUUACCAUAUUCGCCAGAUGGAGUCACUACACGUGAGUAAUUCCCUCCCCCUUGCUGCUUUGAGCUCAGUCAGAGCAGAGCCUGCUUCGAACGCUUUCACCGACGCUGUUGGUUGGUGCGCCACCGAUCACGCAGACCUGACUCCUUCCACGGGGACAACUACCGGUCCCUCCGGCCCGCAACACGGCAUCACAAAGAAUUACAAGACGAUGCUGUGGCCCCCAGUUAAAGUGAUCACCUAUGGUUUCAUGCCGUACAACGCCGCCGCCAAGCACCAUGCCGACUACACCACAACCCAGCGCGACUCCGAGCCAACCGCCUACCGCCAGAAGUGGGUGACCGAUGUGUUCGACUACUACAACACGCUGCAGCUCGGCGUUGUCUUCCGCAAGGUCGAUGACCACGACCGCGUCAUGGCGCUCGACUUUUCGCAGCCGGUGAACCAGAAGCAGGUGACCGUGCGUGUGUCGUUCGGCCCGCCGACGCUGCGGCGCCCCAAUCCGUAUGACUCCAGCAAGACAUUCACACCCGGCGGCUGGGCGUUCAUCGGCACGGACCAGACGGAUCUGUUGGCGACGGCGGAUUACAUCAACGCUAAUCACCUGCCGGGACCCGAGUUUACGACGUUCUGGCUUGCCGGGGUCCCACACGACUCAGAUGCAGAGCUCACGCCUCCGUCGGGCUCGCCGUAUACGCUUGCGGAGAUGCUGGCAGGGCGGAGGCGCACAGUGUAUCAUGAGGUCGGCCAUAUCCUGGGCUUAAUUCAUGAACAGGAGUCUCCCACCUCGCCAACAGCCCUGCCUGACAAGAAGUUGGGACCGGCGGACGAAAUCAUCGCCACGCUGUAUGAUCCGAACAGCAUCAUGCUGUACCCUAACCAGGCGUACAAAAACUCUCCUACAACCGUGACCAAAUUAAACACGGCCCCGUCGUCUCUAGACCAGAUAACGCUUCAUCUGCUGUACCCAUUGAGUGCCCAACAGUUCAAAACAGCGCUUCAACAGCUCACCUUCGACGCCGAUGAGGUCGACGAGCUCUUCACCAAGGCACAACAGGCGUUCACUGCCGGCCUCACUACUGACGCCGGACUGCGUAUCUUCGCCGACCUACGGAGUGACCUCGCCGUAUAUUUCAGCACGGAGCCGCGCCGCCUGGCCAACAUCCCGCUUCUUCCCCCAGCACAUGACGUCGAUCCGGGCAACCCCGCGCACGAUGCAGGCGGCCCGGGCGGCAGCGCCGUCGGCAGACCCUCGACAGCGCAGGCGCCGGGCUUCCUCUUCGAGCUCGUCACGGCGCUGAAGCAGUUCUUCGACCCGGGCAACAACCAGAUGUUCACCCUGCAGUUCCCCGGCCGUUUCCUUGACCAGAGCUCGUAUGCGUGGGACACGUCCAUCGCGGGGGUGUACGGGCAGUUUGUCAAGCCGACCGUAGUCAACGAGGCUGAAUUCCGCCUUGUUGAUCAGUUGUACGACUUGACCGAUACGGUGGGCGGCCCUAACGGGACAAACCUGUCGAUCGUGUAUGAGCAGCUUCUGAACAAUCUACUCCCACGCUACGUUGACAACGGCCUCGCGCAGCAGCAGAACCAAAUCCGCCAGUGGCUGCUGAAGGACGUGAAGAUGUCGCAGUGGAUUACGGACAUCAUGGCGCGGCAGCAGCAGCGUGAGCAAUCACUCGCGAAUGCGGUCGCGCUCGGCCUCGGGAAGAAGGCCGCCAGCGGGAGUGGAGGGAGUGGCACUAAUGGCGGCUCAGGCUCAGCACCGGCGGGGGCAUCUUCUGCUGUGCUUGGCCCCGGGAAGAUGUUCGACAUCUCGAGCAAAGCGACGGCGAGCGGCGACACGCUGAACCGAAUCGAAUUGAGCGAGUUGCUGAUGAACGAGUACCUGUACGCGAAACAGGACUGGGAGGUCGAGCGCGAUGCUCUGAUUCGUCAGGCGACGGUGGCCGAUCUGGGCACGCCCGAGUCGCAGCGGGCACUCAACGAUGUCACACAGCAGCUGGCGCAUAUCACAGCCACGCGUCAAGCUCAGUUGGCGUCCAAAUACGCCGACGCAGUCGUGCGAGGGUACUCCCAUGCUGUCCACGAUUAUAUGGGCUAUUUGGACAUCGCAAGCCCCGGUGAGGCGCUCCAGAGCGCGAAAGAUUCGCUGCGCGAGGCCGCGAUGUCGUCCCUGGACGGGAGCAUGAAAGUGUACCCCGUGCAACUGUCGCCGCUGGACUGGUUCGAAGGCCUGUCGACGUCGUUCACUAUGGAAGAUCUGACGCAGAAUCCGGAGGUGAUCCGCCAGCAGAUCAACGCGAAGUCACAGCAGCUGGACACGCUCAAUGCACAGCUGGUCGCGUUGAAGAUGGGCACGAAGGGCGACCCGACCGAGUUGCAAGGCAAGGUUGACGCUGCACAGACAGCCCUCGACAAGGCGCAGGGCGCGCUGGCGUUGAAGUACUCGAGCAACGUGAUCGCAAUGGCGAAGACGUGUCUGGACGCUGCGGGGAAAGUGGACACCGCGACUUUGGCCGGAAAGCUGCAGAUGGCGUCCAGUGUGCUGUCCGAUUUGCCGAAUAUGAUGAAUGCGGUGCAAGAUGCGCAAGACCAGUUGACGGCUUCUUCGCGGGCGCUCUCCCAGAUGCUCGCCGCCCUGGCCUUAGCGAAGGCGACAGACACAAAGCAGCAGCAACAACAAAUCUCGCUGCAGAUUCAGGCGCUAACCGACGACCUUAACGAGUUGAACACGAGGUGGCAUACCCUGACGUCGAGCACGGGCGGAGUCAAUCCCCCCGCCGUGGUCGACCACAGCAACGAAGCGGUGCCCACUACGCCACUCCAGCUUCCCACGGACAGCUCGUCAGGCGGCAGCCGAUGGCAGACGAUCAUGUUCACCAGCAGUCACGAGAGCCGAACCAACCUCGCGACGAGCAAUGCUAGCGCAGCGUCCGAGCAAUGGUCGUGUAACUUGUGGAUAGCCUCGGGGUCUGGGUCUUCCUCCCAUUCGAGCGGCGCAUCGGCGACAGCGUCGAGCGCGCAGGAUGACAACAUCGAGCUGGCCUUCCGCGCCACGCUCGUCACCGUUGACCGCGGGGGUUGGUUCCAACCCCAAUUUUUCAAAGAGUCGGCAGCGUUCUACAAGGUGAAUGACCUCGUAUCCUGGGUUGACGACGACGCAAAGAAGGUCAAGGGGCUUCUCCCCGGCUUCCCCACCGCCUUCAUCAUCGCCAAGGACAUCGUCGUCCGCAUAACGCACAGCACGACGAACACCGCCGACAACAAGGCGAACGACGCGGCUAGCUCGGCGUCCUCGGGCGGCUUCCUCUGCUUCUCGUACUCGAAAAGCAGCUCCAGCAGCUCGAGUUCGGAGUCGGCGAGCUUCCAGGCGUACUCCAACGGCUAUAUCGUUAAAAUCCCUGGACCACAGAUUCUGGGGUAUAUCAUCCAGAAAACGGACCCCGACGCGGCGACGAUUAUGCCCGCGACACUCCCCACGAACUUCUUCAUCCCAGACGACGAAUACGACGCGACCGUGGGCGGCGGUGGGAAGCCUGCCAACGGCGCUAAUCCGGCGCACGAGGCGGAGCCGCCGGCAAGCCAUGCCCCCGCGCCCGGACCUGCGAUAAGCGAGGACCAACUAAAGGGUGUUUUGGCGAAAAUGCUGGAUGAUAAGGUUGGGGAGCUGUUUAAGCAGUUGAGCAACCCGCCAGCUGAUAAAGGGGCACAUACUACUGUCUAG